AAAUUCAAACAUGCUUUAUGUGCGUUAACAAUUUCUGUCGUUUAGAAAAUGAAACAAACAUUCUCGCUGUAUGUCUUUUACUGACAGCAGCCGAUGCUGAUGUUUCUCUGGGAAGUUCUGAAAGAUCUUUGAACACAUUGUUCCACUUGGAACGUUGGUUCCCAUUAUUAAAUGGGAAUAUUAGGUGAUUUAUUUCCCAAAGACGAACAGAACAAAGAAUCAGAAUCUUGUACUGUUGUAAGGAUUUGUCAUAGUCUGCUAAUAAUAGAA